AUGUCGAUAACUUCAAUUGAAAAUUUUUCUAAUGAAUUUUUCUAUGAAAUAUUCGAAUAUCUCGAUGGUUGUAAAAUAUAUAAAGCAUUUUCAAAUCUUAAUCAUCGUUUUCAACAACUUCUUAAUUCUUCAUCUCUUCUUUUUAAAAUUUAUUUAACAUGUUCAACAUCUAAUGAAAUAGAUAUAAAUAUUUAUAAACAACUUCUACUUAAUAAUAAACAUCAAAUAAUUUCAUUACAUAUGUGGUCAUCAUUACAAAACAGUGAAUUUUUUUCAUCAUUUUCAAUCGAUUCAUCAUUUAAUCGUCUUGAAUCAAUUGUUAUCAAUGAAAUUUCAUCAACUAUACUUAUUUCAUUUCUUACUAAUUUAACGUCUUUACCUCGUCUUUUUUCAUUAACCAUUGAUACACAAUCGAGUUUAAGAGACUUAAAUGAAGUUUAUCGAUUAAUUUUUGCUUUACCAAAAUUGAAAUAUAUUAAAAUUUCAGCAGAACCAACUAUUAUAUCCAUUUCAUUACUAAUUGCUACCAAUGAACAAUUUAGUACUAUUGAAUAUUUUGUUAUUAAUCAUGAUUGUACGUUAAAUGUACUUUGUACUUUAAUAUCUUAUACACCUCAACUUUGUCAUUUAAAUUUGAUGAAUUUAUUUGAAAAUUAUUCAAACAAUGAAAUUAUAUUGCCAAUUAUUUUUUCUAAUUUGACAUAUCUUUCAAUACAAGUGGCUGAUAUAAGAUUUGAUGAACUUGAAAUGUUCAUUAUAGAAACAAAAUGUAAUUUAAAAUUAUUACGUCUUAUUACUUUCUCUGAAGAUAGAGAUUAUUUUGAUGAUGAUCGAUGGGAAGAAUUAAUUUUAAAUUAUUUGAUUGAAUUAGAAGAAUUUUAUUUAGAAUAUCAUCAACAAAUCGAUCCUGAAUCUGGAUCUUUAACAAACUUUGAACCUCCUAAUCGAUUUAAUUCAUUAUUUUGGAUUGAACGAAAAUCGAUAUUUGAAAUUGAAAUGGAUUCUUUCGAAUAUAUUUAUUCAAUUCGUUUAUAUAAAGAAAGAUGGUAUGAUGUGAAUUCGUCCUCUAUUGAACUUUUAAACUCUACUCGACUUACACUUACCGAUCUUCCUCGUAAUGAAUAUAUAAUGAUAUUGAAUUUAAUUAUUCGUGAUCUUUUAGCAGUCACACAGAUUUAUCAUUUGGAAAUUUCUAAAAAAACUAUUUGUUCUGAAAUAUUAAUCGACAUAAUAUAUAAAUUAUUUGCACUCGAUACAUUAAAAAUAACUUCUUUGAUCUUAGCACUAUCGAGAUAUUCAUCUAUUGAAGAUAAAAAGCUUCAUUUUGUAUCAAAUAAAAAUAAUAUUAAAAAAGUUUAUUUAGAAAAAAUGUCUAAAAUUGAAGAAAUUUAUUUUCUUAUUAAACUUUGCCCUCGUAUGAUCCAUCUCAAAGUAGAGUUUAUAAAUGAUAUGGAUAUUGAAUUAUUUAUCAAAAAUAUUUUAAAAAAACUUAAUCAUGACUGUAAUCAAUAUCUUCGUUCAUUAUGUAUUCAUAAUUCAACAGCAAAUGAUAAAAUCAUUCAAAAAUUAGAAGAAAUGAUUAAUCGUGAUAAAUUACUUCAUCAUUUUACAAUUAAAUACAUAGCAGACAACAUCUAUUUGCAAUGGAAAUAA